UUUCGGCGUCCAUUCCUCAAUAUCACAUAAUUAUAACCAAGUAGUAUGUGCAAUCCUGGCUUCAGCCCACCAAGUUUAAAGAAAAUAAAUCCGGUCCUGUCUGUCCCUAUGGUGAACUCAUCCCAUCGCCGUCGUUAUCGGCUCGCGUCAUUGUGCUUUUGGUGCUUCGCCCGCAAAGUGUAUCGCGCUGCUGAGAUAAUUUUUCGUAGCGUUUCUUCAACCUGCGAUUUUUUGUCGAUCAUUUGGAAAUAAACUUAUUGAAAAGCAUUAUAUAAUGGGGAAAAAGAAGGAUAGGAAAAGAAAGCGAGAAUCAUCGUCUUCUGGGGAAUCUAUGUCGGGAAAACGUAAACAUAAGACCAAAGUAAAUCUUGUAGAUUUGCAACGUAGAUUAGACUAUUUAGAAGAAAAAGAAAGACAUAGGGAACUUAAGCGGGAUGGUUCUAUUUAUCGAUCGAGCCCUUCUGGUAGUACACGGCGUUCAAGAUCAAGAACGUCGUCACGACACAGCAGUCGUCACCGCCGCCGCCGCCGCCAUGGCAGCACCCGAGCAGAUCGAUCUCUCUCUGUUGUGCAGAGGGAGCGAGAGCGCACUACUUCGAUUGAAUCGGACAAUAGAAGCGCACGACGCCAUGCGGAUUUACGGGCUGAACGGCCCAGGUCCGGCUCUAGGAUUGAAUCCGUUGAGCGCAAUGAAAUUCUUUCUCAGGCUUGUAGCUCUGAGAAAGAUUUUAAUCUGGGAAAAGGUAAUGACUUUCCAAUUGGGGAUAAAGAGGAUCUUGAAGAUUCGUUGUCCAUACAUAAUGAAAUCGAAAUUCCUGAAGAAUUUAUAGAUAUCUUAGGCACAAAUCCCGACAAACCGACCAAUGUAGGUUUUAAACUUUACGGAGAAUUAAUACCCAGAUGGCGUAAUAUUUUACAAAAUGGUAUACCAAAGGACGAGUCGGUGGCUUUGCUUCAGAAAUAUGAAAUUCCUUUAAACUUACAGGAUUUGCUUCCACCUAAGCUUAAUCCGGAGAUAAUAGCCAUAAUUAGAAAGAAUAAUUUGGUUAAAACUCGCGAUUUUUCCCAAUCAGAAGUACAAAAUCAGCUGGGUAAAGGAAUUUCGGUUCUAGGUAAAGCGUUAACAACACUGUUAAAUGACUCAGAACAUGAUUUAAAAAAUCUUAAAAAAGAUUUGUUUAAAGAUUUGUGUGACGCAGGGAAGAUCUUUACUAAUCUUUUUCAUAGAAUCUCUACUUCUCGCAAAAAUGGAAUUUUACCUUUGCUUAACGAUAGUAUAAAAGAUGCAGCUGAUAAAUCUAACCCUACUGAAUUCUUAUUCGGCAACGAUCUAACAGAGAAAGUUAAAACUAUUAAAAAUUUGGAAAGCAUUUGUAAAGACUUAAAAAAUCCUGCGUCUACCACUUACCAACCCAAACCUCAAAAAAGGGAGGGGGGAAGCACAUAUAAGGGUCCGGGAGCAAAAAGAGAAUUUCUCAAGAAAGACUUUCGUCGCCCUGUCCGUCGCUGGGGCGAGGCAGGGCCACAAAUGCCCCGAAGAAUCGGGAUGCUUGAAGGGACUACCCUCAAACAUACAAUCGCAAGGAGAGGCAGAGAAGAAAGGAUUAGACGAGAGUGA